ACUUGAAAAUAAGGGAUUGGUUUUCCCCCUGUGCAACACUCGCUUACCAAUGAUGGCUUUCACUAUGCUGAGGCCGGUGUCCACUCAUCCCUUCUCUUACCCCGCUGACCUGACCUUGGUGUCGGACGACGACGAGGGAAACCGCAGUGAGAGCGAUGGCAGCACCGACUACGGCUGCUGCGGUAUUCCUAUGGAGGGUUACCCGGGGGAGACCGGCGGUGUGGUUGUCCGACAACGGAACGCAGCCAACGCCAGGGAGAGACAUCGGACCCAGAACGUCAACACUGCUUUCACGGCCCUGCGGACGCUGAUCCCAACGGAACCGGUGGACAGAAAACUCUCCAAGAUCGAGACGCUGCGCCUGGCUUCCAGCUAUAUUGCUCACUUGGCCAACGUGCUGGUGGUCGGGGACGGGAGGAAGGACGGACAGCCGUGCCUGAGCACCGUGUACAAGGAGGUGAAGGGCAGCGGAGAAGGCAAAAAGCCCAGGACUAUCUGCACAUUCUGCCUCAGCAACCAACGGAAAGGGGUGAGGGACAGACGAGACUGUGUGAAAAUGCACGGAGGCGGCGGGAGACAAAUAAGUCGCCGAUGA